AACCACAAAACAUAUUUACAAAAGCUUCUCCUCCAUUUUUUUUCCCAUUGAAAUCACAAAAUAUAUAUAUAAAAAAAAAUGAAGAAGCUCUGGUUCUUGGUGGCCACCAUGGCCGUUGCCCUUCUCUUCCACAUAUUUGGAUUCUCCGGCGAUAACCCAGUAGCCGGAGAAUCUUCUGUGACUGUAAAUUUCCCUGAUUUCGGUCUGAUUCCGACCACCGGAGCUCACGGUCCCGAGAGCUUCGCCUUCGACGUCUCCGGAGAUGGUCCGUUCACCGGAUUGUCCGACGGUCGGAUCGUCAAGUGGGUCUCCAACGAGAGCCGUUGGAUCGAUUUCGCAGUCACCUCUCCAUCUUCAAGAGACGGAUGUGAGGGGCCGCAUGAACAUGACCGUACGGAGGACGUGUGCGGGAGACCAUUGGGCUUGGGCUUCGACAGAUCUAACGGCGAUCUCUAUAUAGCGGACUCUUAUAUGGGCCUUGUUAAGGUAGGCCCACAAGGUGGUGUAGCCAAUCCGAUUGUGACACGUGUAGAUGACAUCCCCCUCACAUUCACCAACGCGCUGGACAUUGAUCCACGCGAUGGGGUUGUCUACUUUACCGACAGCAGUUCGGUUUUUCCUCGGAGGAAUCAUAUAUCAAUAAUCAUGAGCGGAGACAGGACCGGAAGGCUCAUGAAAUACGACCCACGUACCGAACAAGCAACUACUCUCUUACGCAACAUAUCAUUCGCAAACGGCGUCGUCUUGAGCCAAAACGGUGAUUUCCUCCUCUUCGCCGAGACAACUACGUGCCGGAUCCUACGCUACUGGCUCAACACCACGUCGUCCGAUCCCCGAGAAAACUACGAGGUUUUCGCCGAGCUCCCGGGGUUCCCCGACAACAUCAAGAGGAGUCCACGUGGCGGAUUCUGGGUGGGGCUAAACACGAAGCUUACGCGGCUGACGAAGUUACGCGGCUGACGAAGUGCGGCCUCGACCCCGUGGCGGGGGCGCGCGGCCAUGAGGCUGCCGGUGGACUGGAUGAAGGUGCAUGGGGUGUGGGCCGAGUACAGGGGCAAUGGCAUGGCCGUGAGGUUGAGCGAGGGCACUGGCGAAAUAUUGGAGGUUUUCGAGGGUAAAAAUGGAAAUAGGUUGAAGUCCAUUAGUGAAGUUGAGGAGAGGGAUGGGGUUCUUUGGGUUGGUUCGGUCAAUUCACCUUUCGCUGGGUUAUAUAAAUACAUGUAGAUGUAGUAAUUAAUGAACAUAAAUUAUAUAUAUACGAAAUUUUACGCCUUCCAUCAACAGUUCAGAGUUUCUGUUCUUUUUUUUUUUUACUGUCACCAAAAUAUUUAUGGAGUUGUAAUACUUAUUCCGUUUUGAAUCAAAUGUCACCCCGGAGUUACUUAUAGUUAUAGAUACGCAUAUCUUUGUAGA